AAUGGAAUUAGUGUUAAGAACGGGUUUUCAAUCUAUCACACAUAAUAUUAUUUUUCAACCACAGACUCUGAUAAAGGGUAAAAAUUUAGUUUUGGCUGAGCACGUGAGAGAUGUUGAAGAACAUCGAAAAUUAAACCAAAGUUAUUUAAUUAAAUCGCGCGUCAUUCGACAAGCAUCAGUCAAUUCAACGCCUUACACAACAUCAUUGAAUAUUAAUGAGACACGAUUUGUGACAGAUGUCAAGUGUGAUUGUGUUUACAAUCAGAGCAAGAAAUGCAAACAUGUCGCAGCAUUGAUUUAUUACAUUAAUAAUGAAGAGAGUGCAUCAAAAACGAGUCAUGAACAAGUUUGGGGAAAACCUAGUGCCCGACAGUUUGCAAAAAACAAAUAUGCAAAGGGUAAACAAUUUGAAGAAAUGUUUUCCCGAAAAAGAGGAAAAUGUUAUGAGGCUCCGGAAAUAGACAUUUCUAAACUGUCAGAGGAAUCUCCUUUAAAACAAGUGAUGGUAGCAAAAGCUGAAAAUACUAAUAUACAUACGGUCAAAAGAGUCAUGGACUCAUUAUUACAACAAGUUGAAAUUAAUUUAGAAAAAGAAGACUGUGAACAAUGUGCAAUUACUUUUCUAAUUUAUUGUGAUGAAAAUACGCAAUAUAAAACGAAUUGUAAUUUAGACCCUAAGUUAAAAAAAUUUUAUCUAGAAAAAAUUGAAAUGUCCGAAAAAGAUAUUAUCAAAUUAUGCUGUGAAACUUUGGGACAAUCUACUUGUGCUGAAUGGUACGCUGCUAGACAACUAAGAUUGUCUGCUAGUAAAAACGUGCACAGUAUUAAAGUAAGAACAACUAAAACUAUUGAAAGUCUAGUGUCAGAGAUAUUACAUCCAAAAAAAAUUGAUUGCGUUUCUACUAGGUAUGGAUUAAAUAAUGAAUCUCUUGCAAGAGAAGAAUAUGAAAGAGUUAAUAACUGUACUGUAAAACGUGUUUGUAUCAUAGUUUGCAAAUUUCAGCCUUGGCUUUGCGCGAGCCUUGAUGGAGUAGUUGUAGAGGAUGGAUGUAUCUCUAAACUAGUUGAGUUUAAAUGUCCCAUUUUAUGUAAGGAUAAACUUGUGAUAAAUAUAUCUGAUAAUUCGUGCAAUGUCAAAUAUUUAGAACUUAUUAAUGGCACCUGGGAACUAAAAAAGACUGAUUGUUACUAUACUCAAGUUCAAAUACAAUUGUAUGUGAGUGGGAUGAAUGUUUGUGAUCUUUUUAUAUAUUCACCAAUACCAGAUGGUUGCUGUUUAAUACAAGUGCUUCGUGAUGAGGAUUUCUUGAAGAAAGUAAUUUCAAAAAGUGAAACUUUUUAUUUUCAACAUUAUUUACCAGCUCUUUAUAUGGAAAUGACUAAAGAAUCAAACACAGAAAAUGAUGAAAACAUUGAUACAUCUAAUACUGACAGUUGUGCUGAAAAUGAAAUUUCCGUUGAUAACAAUAAUGGUAAUGAGAUCUCUCCAGUGCGGGUUUUUACCGGAAAAAACAUUAUUAAUCCAUCGGAAUGAUUAUAUUUUAA